AGCUCACUGACAGUCGCAGUCUCGCACUCAACUCCACUGAGUUUGCUCGCAUCCACGGCGGGGAUGUGAGUGCGUGCGGUGCUGCUGUACUCCAGAUCCCCAACCCCCGCGCGCCCCGGUCUGGUCUGCGGCUCCGUCUCCCCCGUCCGCUCAGGAUGGACCAGAGGAGAGCAGAGCCGGACCCGUCCUACAACAACGGCAUCAACCAGGUCGCGCUGUAUGGGGAAUUCACGGCGGCGGGCAACCGAAAAGUCAGGUGUGCGGUGAGCCUGACGGAGCGGGACCUCACCGUCCAGAGGAUCACGUCCGCACCUGUCGGACGGAACAAGCUGGUGCUCAGCCUGCGGGACUGCGUCGGCUGUCGGGCGUACCGGGGAGAAGACAACGCCGACCCGGGAGCGUACUUCGCAGCGUACUUCUACCCGUUCAAGAGGCGGUGGAUGAGCUCCGGUGUCUCGCGCCAGAGAGUGGAGCAGUGUUUUCGGGUGGUGACGCUCCAGGACCCGCGCACCAACCUGGAGGAGGCGGAGAAGUGGGCUCGCGCUGUCCGGGAGCGCUGCGUCCGCCAGCAGAACCUGAGAGACGGGGUGCUGUUCAGCGAGGUGCGUCGGCCCUGCCGGGUGAUGCUGCUGGUGAACCCUCAGAGUGGGAAAGGACAGGCGCUCACCCUCUACAACAACCACAUCCAACGCAUGCUCAACGAGGCCGGGGUCCCACACACGCUGGUCAUCACUGAGCGACAGAACCACGCCAGAGAGGUGGUGAGAGAGGCUGACCUGUCUCAGUGGGAUGCUCUGGUAAUCAUGUCAGGGGAUGGACUGCUGUUUGAGGUAAUAAACGGUCUGCUAGAGAGAUCGGACUGGGAAGAGGCCAUCCACACCCCGCUGGGAAUCCUACCAGGAGGAUCAGGCAAUGCCCUGGCUGCGUCCAUACAUCACUACUCCGGAGCCAUGCCGGUGUCCAGUGAGGAGCUACUGGUGAGCUGCGGUUUCCUCCUGUGUAAAGGCCUGGUGUCCCGCAUGGAUCUGGCAUCCGUCCAUCUUCCCUCCAGCCCUCGCCUCUUCUCCUUCCUCUCACUGGCUUGGGGCUUCGUAGCAGAUGUGGACGUAGAAAGCGAGAAGUACCGUCACGUUGGCGCUGCUCGGUUUACCGUGGGCACGCUGGUGAGGCUGGCUUCUCUCCGAGUCUACAAAGGCAAGCUGGCAUACCUGCCUGCCGCCGCCGACUGCAAAGAGGAAGGAGAUUUAGGAAACAGAACGACGCUGCACUGCAACAAUCAGUCUUCAUCUUUCUGCCCGGCCUCCCUCCUGUGCCGACCCUCCAGGGACUCUCCCUGCCAGAAUGCCGCUCACCACACCUUCCACAACUCCUGCCACUCCAACAACUCCCUCAAGGUUAGGAGGACGGAGAGCACGCCCUCUCGAAAUGCCACCAAAGCCCUCACCGGGCCUUCUGACACUCUGCUUCCAUCUCUGGACCAGCCGGUACCUAGUGACUGGGUGGUAGUGCAGGAGGAAGACUUUGUCCUCAUGCUGGCCAUGUACCAGUCCCACCUGGCGGAGGAUUUGCUUGCCGCGCCUGACUCUACCCUGGAUGAUGGUGUCAUCCAUCUUUUCUACGUUAGAGCAGGAAUAUCACGUACCGCACUACUGAGGCUGUUCCUGGCUAUGGAGAAGGGUGCACAUCUGGCUACUAACUGCCAACAUCUGGUGUACUCUAGGGUGCGGGCACUAAGGCUUGAGCCCUAUUCACCCAAAGGGGUAAUAACAGUGGAUGGGGAGGUGGUAGAAUAUGGGCCAGUGCAAGCGCAGGUACAUGAAGGCCUAGCAAGAUUAAUCACUGGAUGAACUGGAUGGCCAUCAGCAUUAGGAGACCAAAAUUCGGCCAAGCUCAGCCAAUGGCUGACGUUCAUCUCUCCUGUACUCUUUACCAAGGGUUUGACUUGGCUGACGAGGUGUAACCAUCAGACAAACUCAUUAAACUGAUUUUAGACUUUCAAAUUGGAAAUGCGCAGGUCCAACAGCAAAGCUAUGGUUUGUCCACAAUGGAUGUAAGGCUCUUUCACUGUUACAUUUUAGUCUAUCGAGCAACGCUAUCCUAGAGAUAGCCUCACAAUGGUCUACACACACCAGACCCAUGCUUCAUUAGUUGCUCAUGCUGUGAUGGAGUGGGGAUAUUGCAAGGAAGAAGUGCCAUGGUGAGAUAGUGGACAUGGCAGUGUCACUUUGUAGACAUAACUCAUGCUCUUACACAGCAGCACAAGGAGAAAGGUCAGCAGGGGCAAAAGGCACACACACACACACACAUACACACACACACACAAACAUGCAUUAAAUCUUCUGUAAGAUGUACAGUGUUUAGCCUCCGAUGAAAGGAAAUCCAUCAGCAUCUUUAGCAGAUAUCUCAUCCUGGUAUCAUUCAUCACUACAUGGAGGCUGUCGCUUCUCUGUGGUGAAGCUGCUAAAUCAACUUGAAUUACAGCAUCUUAUGCAAUAGCAAGGGAUCAGAUUUAUGCCUUCGCAGCUCCUCCGCAGCAGGACGGAGAUCCUGUGUGUGAUGCAGUAGACACGAGGUAGCGCUGACAUCAUCAUGGCAUUAUUAUUGCUUUUUUUUUUUUUUAACUGAGGCAAUAAAGGCUUUGCGACUGUUCAUUGUGAAGUAAAUGCCAAAGGCCACAAUGUCACUGACAUGAGGUCUUGGUGAGUCAACCUCUUAUGUUCAAGUCUAGAACAAUGGAGCUUCGCCAUCGUGCCAUGGCGCACAGGUGAGCACUAAAAUGCAAAUCAAAUCAAAAUAAAAUCAAUUCCAUUUAAAACAGUUUGCAGGAAACACCCUUAGCUGCUACCAAAUCUACUUAGUUUAAGACAUUCAUUAAUUGAAGACAGUCUUCUACAGCUUUUUGUAUCUUUGCUUGUCUGAUUGUAGGCUACAUGGCAAUUGAUAAGAAUUUGGUUUGCCAUGGAUUUCAGUAUUUCGUUUAAGUUUUCCCUGGCAUGGAAAACGUAAAGAGCCAUUGUCCUAGAUGUAGAGCUCACAUGGCCCUUCUUGGAUUGGAUGACGACAGCCCAAGAAUGGCUGACGCGCCUUAAACCCUCGCUGGCUUCAUUCUCGUUUUCUAAAUCAACCAUACUACCUUAACUUGACACGUGUACAGAUUCACGUCAAAUCAUUUCAUAGAUUCUCCAUUUUUGUCUUAACAUCGAAGUAGUAGUCAUAUUUAAGUCCUGCCUUUUUAAGUGUAGCAGCAAUGUAAACAGUGAACAGUGUGACCUCCGUGAUAUCUGCAUUUGUUUGGUGUUGUUAAAGGAAAAAUCCACCUAAACCACUUUAAUAUUGUGAAACAGCUCAUGUACGUUGCAUUCCUGGGGUUAAUAUACAGUUUAAUGGUUUUAUUUAUUUAUUUUUUUAUGUCUGUGCAUGAAGGACCAAACGUAGAUGAUGUGCUGAGAUCACAUCCUCAUUUAUCCAGUGCAGGUACAGGGAAGUUAGAUACAGAAAGAGAACAUUUUUCUGCUAUAUAAAACAUCGACAGUAAACAUCAGCUGUUAUGAGUGUCAGUUGGUGAGACUCAAAGAACAAGGGCUUAUUUCUAGACUCACCACUUUGCACCGACGUUCAACACUCACACAGGGAAGAAGCUAUCAUAGACGAGGCAGAGACACCAGUUUCUCCAGAGAGCAGUUUAAAUAGUCCACAGUUGAAACGUCGACAUAAUACAUCUUACCUUUUUCUCGGCUGAAAAACAUCUCGUUCCUGCUCCUGUUCUUGCUCUAUCACCACCUACACGUAUAACCCUCAGCUGAAACACUCAGACAUUUUGACACUUCCACCGGGGGAAAUGUAGGAAAAUGACUCGCUGAAGAAGAAGUAGACAGGGCAAAAAAAAUGUGAAGUACAACACUUAAGCACAAGAUAACUCCUGGAAUGCACUGAACAUCAGAUUUAUGCUUUAUGACAUUGUUAAGGGAGCCUGAAGGUGGAGUUUUCCUUUAAACAGCAGCUGCUGUACGGCCUGGCCGGGCCGGCCGUGUCCUGGUCCAGGUUGGGUGACUUGUCUUGUAGUGCCUAGAUCUGCUCUGCUGCUGCAUCGCUCCCUCCCUCCUCCCUCCUUCCCUCCCCUUGUCCUACUCUUCUUCCUCUCCCCCUUUCAUCCAUCCAUCUCCUGCUUGAAGUACUGCAGUGCUCUGCGGAGCAUUUCCAGGGCUGUGUGUCUCUGGCCUCAGCUGCUGUCACACACACACACACCCUUUCCCUAUUGGAGAUAUAUUGACGAUCAUCACCUAGGUGCCCUUACCAUUUAGCUUUAAGCCACAUAGAGGAAAUGAUGACUAAAGCGUUAACGUUUUACAUCGGGCCUGCUUCUGACCUCAUUUUUUGUUUUAAUAUUUGUGAGGAAAAACUCGAUCUUUUCAUUAGUGCAUGAUGAGAGAGAUACUUCAUGGUUUUUCGUUCUCUUCGAGCACAUACAGGUCUAAGUGAAAUGAGGUUAAAAAUCAAUUUGAUGCACUUUGCCUGUGGAAAUCCAGCCCUGGACGGAGUGAACUGAACUCUUGGGAACGGGAAUGACUAGUCAUGCCUUAAACACAAAAGGGGGUGGAGGGUGGGGUGGGGGGGUUGUUAAGCAGCACAUUGGUCAGCGUUGGGUGUGGAGAGUGAUGGAGAGUGGGAAGAAGGGAGGGGGAAAGGGGGAAGGAAAAAGUAUUGACUUGUUAAAUGCUGCAUGAGGUAGGCGGCAUUGUGUUCCUGACCGGGUGCCCUCGUUCUUCCUCUUCACCACAAGAGAUCAUUUGGGAGCAUGAGCAAACUGUCCCGACACGAUGAAAAUAGUUAUGUAUUUCAUACCUGUACAUUUCACCACGACUCCAACGCUGUUAAGUAUUUAAAGUUGGAAUUUGCAGGAAAAAUGAGAAGGGAAGGCACCUACAGAAUCCACUGAAAUGAUGAAAUGAUUCCUCCUUUUUGGUGGUUUGAUGUAGCAAAAGUGAUAUCUUGUCCAUACAUGUCAAUAAAACCUCCUCCAAAAACAAGAGGAGGAUUUUGCUUGCUGUUAGCCUCGAUGUGCCCCUGGUAUGACGGAGCAUCUGCAGCACGGGGGCUGCAGAACACUUCUCUUAAAAAUGCAUCAUUUUGAUUAUGAUUAUGUGAUUAUGUGUCAUCAAGAAAUGAAUUGUGAAAGUUAAGAUUAAUAUAUAUAUUUCUAACAUUAAGAAAAAUUAAGAGGAUUAAUUUAUUUUGUAUAGCUUUGCACAUUCUGUCAAGAUUUGGAAAUACAAAUGUUGCCAAUAUCAUUGUGAGGCUUUUGUGGAUGAAGGGUUAAAUGUAUGUCCUAUAUAUAAUCAUAUAAUUAGCAGAAAGGCCCAAAUUUUAUGAAUUUGUCUUAGAUUAUACAUGUACCAAUGAGGGACUCUGCAGCAGGGCUGUGACUGAAGAGCAUCUAAGACAGAAAUGCUACUGGAGUUGAAGCAUUUGAAGGCAUGCUUGUUUCCUUUUGCUGUCAAUUUGGGUGACAAAUAAUGAGCCGCUGCUGCUGUAAUCUGUGGCACACCUGAGGGCUGACAUGGGAGGGGAAAUAAAAGUCUGAAAUGUUUUUAGGUGUUUGAGAUCCAGUGCACUUCAACUGUAUUUUGCUUGAUUUAAAGGUGGAUAGACUCCCGAGGUAAACAAGCACAGCACUUGUCUUUUUCCUGCAGAUUUUUUGAAACUUGCAGUAUGCAGUUGUUUUUUUGGCCCAGGUCUGACGGUGUGCUGCAGGACCAGAGCUGAUUUGUCCGUUCGAGAGGUUUUUCCUAUGCAAAGCCUGACCAGUUUGCUUGAGUGAUGCUGUGAUUGUUUGAUGUGCUUUGAUUGUGCUGCCCCCACGUGGCUAGAGUAGAGUAGUACACUCACUCUCAUUCUUUCAUUCAUUCAUCAUUGGCCUCUGGCUGAAUUUCAGAAUCCAUUGAUAUGAUUUCCUACCUCCUCUCUGAAAACAUGACACAUAAGCAAGUCCUUUGUGAAAAAGCUUUGGACGCCGGCUUCCUCCGACAACAAGAGGCGCAAACGCAGGGGAGGGAGAGCAAAUGAAAAUAGCUGAGCUGAACAUUCAAUCAAAAAGUUUUGGUACCAAGAGAAAGAAAUUCAUCUGCUGUUUUGUUAGAGAAAGUUACAUAAUUCAUGUUUGGUUUCUUCUGCGACUGCAAUACUGGCAUUGUGCCAUUUUGAACUUGCAUCCCAGAUUUGUUUUUUUGUUUUUUCGUUUGAAUACUGUCAAUAACAGCACCAAAGCACCGGCAUGUCACUAAAUAUUGGGUAAAAACUUGAAUCUCCAAUAUUUCUCCUGUCAAGGAGAAUAAAUUGGUGUGGCAGCCUGAGGCCUAAUCCCAUUUCUAACUGGAGGUCUCUGGGAUUGAAAAUCCAAAGGAGGGCCAGCCAGGCUGUCCCACUUAAAUCCAACUAAUAAAUGAUCCAAUGUCGAGGACUGUGACAUACACCCUGCUGUCAGCCUCGUGAACACGGAUGACACAAAUCUCAAUUUGAGUUGGCUGCUCAGUUGACUGUUGACUUGUUGAGUCUUAACUGCUGCUUCUGAACUGCAAACUGUCUUGUGAAGUCUACAUGUUUAUGGUGAAGGGUUGUUUUUGUUUUUGUUUUUUUAAAAUCAAACUGAUGAUUGAAUGGUUGAUUCUCUUUACUUGACGAUGAACUUCUACAGAGAUCUAUUUUUCCAUUAGACAAAUGUCUGUACUUUUUCUAUGCUUUAAAAAUCAAACAAACAUUCUCCUGGAGUGUUUUCUAUUGAAAAAUAAAACCAGUGAUGAGCCACUGCUUAUGGAUUGGUUCACUCAA